AUGGAUCUGAGAGCUAAACACAGUCUGGGUCUUCUGGACCAGCUGAGGAAGAUGAGGGAGACAGAGAAGCUGACAGAUGUGGUGCUAGUGGCUGAGGGCAUCAGCUUCCCCUGCCACCGCGUGGUCCUCUCAGCUUUCAGCCCUUACUUCCGGGUUAUGUUCACCUGCGGCCUGCGGGAGUGUAGUACUAGGGAAGUGUUUUUGCGUGACACCCCAGCCGAUAGCUUGGGUCUAUUGUUAAACUACAUGUAUUGUUCUGAGCUCCCGCUCAACAACGCCAAUGUACAGGGGGUCUCGGUCGCUGCCUUCCUCCUGCAGAUGGACGAGGUGUUCAACCACUGCCAGAGCCACAUGAGGGAGAACAUGGACGCCUCCAACUGCCUCGGGGUGUACUACUUUUCCCGCGACCUGGGAGCUGAGGAGCUGGCCGACCAUGCCCAGAGAUACCUGCGGACGCACUUCGUUCAGGUGUGUAUGAGCGAGGAGAUUCUGGAACUAGAGGCCCACCAACUGGGGGCGCUGCUGAGCUCCGACGACCUUAACGUGUCGCGGGAGGAGACCAUCCUGGACGUGGUGCUGCGCUGGGUCAGGCAGGACACUCCAGGGGAUGGGGUGGAGGACAGGCGGAGUAGACACCUGGUUGAGCUCCUGAGGAAGGUGCGUCUCGCCUUGGUGGCCCCUGACUACCUAAGGGAGGCUAUGAAGAGGAAUAUGUCUCUGUUGGCGGAUGCAGAGUGUCUGGAGAUGAUGGAGGAGGCACUGGAGGCCACAGGGAUGCAUCCGGCCUCCUCACCCCGUAAACUGAAGCUCCGCUAUGGGAUGGAGACCACGGAUCUGCUGCUCUGCAUCGGCAACGAGGGUGGAGGGAUCCGAUCACGGUAUGGAAAUUAUUCGGAACGCAGCUUCUGCUACGCCCCCUCCACGGGCCGCACCCACUACAUCACAUCCCCACGCUACGGAGACAUUCUGGGAUUCGUGUGUGCAGGGGUCGUCACUGAAGGCAAUGAGAUUGUGGUGGCCGGGGAGGCAGGGGUGAGGAAAAUGGCCAGGCAGACGAACAGGAAUGUGGAGAUAUUCAGGCACAGGGUGGAGGCCCAGGGAACCUGGGAGCACCUGAGCUCAGCAGAGUACCGAGACUCGUACGCUCUGGGGGCGCUGGGUGAUACUAUUUACCUGCUGGGAGGCCAGAUGAAGCUGAAGAACCAGUACCUCAUCACCAACUCUGUGGAGCGCUGGUCCCUGCAGGGUGGGCCCUGGCAUAGCGCCGCCUCGCUACCCAUACCGCUGGCCUAUCACAGCGUGGUCCGACUGAAGGACCGCCUCUACGUGCUCGGGGGUCGAACUCCACAGUCCUGGCGGAUGGACGACGAGCCAGACCGCUUGAGCAACCGUCUGCUGGAGUACGACCCUAAGACAAACAAGUGGACAGAGCUUGGUCCCAUGAAGUACUCCAAGUACCGCUGUGGUGCUGUGGCACUCAAUGGAGAGAUCUACGUGAUGGGAGGUAUCGGCUGUGAGGGGGUUGAUCAUGGGCAGUCCCGUCGUUGCCUUGAUGCUGUGGAAAUCUACAACCCUGAUGGAAACUUCUGGAGGGAUGGGCCUACUAUGCCCUCUCCACAGCUAUCCCUACGCAGCAAUGCCUCCAACGCCGCGGUGGUGGGGGGCAAGCUUUAUGUCUGUGGAUACUACAAGGGGGCGGAUCGUCAUGAAGACAUAAUCAAGGACAUCCUGGAACUAGACCCGUGGGAGAACCGUUGGACCGUUGUGGCCCACCACGUUCUGAUGCAUGAUGCCUACGACGUCUGCUUGGUGGCAAGCCUCAAUCCACGGGACCUCAUGUCUCCCCCGGCAGACCUAGUAACUCAGUGACAUUCACCUGCCCUAAGGUCUAAUGACCCCUUCUUAGCUAAGAGUACCUUGGGCUAUAAUUAUGUAUUCUGAAAGCUGAUAAUAUUGAGCAACAAGACCUUUCUUUCUGCUGCUGUGUCAAAAUGUAGUAAUGCAGUAGUGCUGGCUGA